AUGUGUUACAAGCAUAUUCCUGAUGCAAGAAGAAGGAAGCUUAAUGACAAGAGUGAACAUAUGAUUCUGGUAGGAUAUCAUGAGGUAACUGCUCCUUAUACUCCUCAACAUAAUGGAAUAUCAGAAAGAAAAAACAUGAUCAUAUUGGACAUAGCGAGAUGCAUGCUGAAGCAGAACAAUUUUCCAAAAUCCUUAUGGGGUGAAGUUGUUUCGACUGCUGUUUAUAUAUUGAAUAGGUUUUCUACCAAGAAGGUGAAGAACAAGGUUCCUGAAGAAGCGUGGAGUGGUAAACGACCAUCAAUGAGUCAUCUAAAGGUGUUUGGCUAUAUGUGUUACAAGCAUGUUCCUGAUGCAAGAAGAAGGAAACUUGAUGACAAGAGUGAACCUAUGAUUCUGGUAGGAUAUCAUAAGACUGGAGCAUACAGGUUGUUCAAUCCAAUCAAUCAGAAGAUUAUGAUUAGUCGAGAUAUUGUGAUUGAUGAAAAUUCUGCUUGGGAUUGGAAUUCUAGUAACACAACUGAGAAGCCAUUGAUGAGCUAUGGUUUCGACGAAGCAAGUAUUGAUGUCACAGUCGAAGAUGUUGUCAAUAUUCAAGUUGAAGUCGAAGUUGUUGUUGACAUACCCGACAUAGUCGAAGUCGGAGAAGUUAUGGCUAGCACAAGUCAGAGACCUCAAAGAACUAAAGAUCGUUCAACAAGACUUCAAGACUAUGAAGUGGUUGGUCAUGAUAAAGUCACAACAAAUGGAGAACUAGUUCAUUUUGGUUUACUUGCAGGUGCUGAACCAAUCAACUAUAACGAGACUUUAAAGAAUAUGAAGUGGAAAUCUAAGAGUUACAAGCAAUCGAAAGAAAUAACAUAUAGGAUAACUAGAAAUAGCUUGAAGAACUUGUUAAAGUUCAAAAAGUUGAUGAAGAAGGAAUUUGAAAUGUCAGAUCUGGGAAAGGAGAUACUCAAGGCAUGGAAUUUUGAAUGUGGAAGCAAGUUUGUGAUGGUGCUAUUGAAGUCAUCAGUGCCAAUAUCAUUUGAAGGUAACAAAGAACCAGCUGCUUAUGCUGAAAUAAUAUCAAUGGGUGGCAUAAAUAAAGAAGUGAAGAGUAAACUCAUUGCUACAAUUGCAUACAAAACCAAAAGUCAUAGCAUAGACACAGUUGAUUCCCCGAAUGUCAAAAAGAUCCCAGCUGCUAAGCCCGGUGAUAUGUCUGUAGUAUGUGUUUGCGAGCUACCUGAGAUUAAGGGAAAAUUUGAUCUGGAGAAAGCUAAGGCACUUGGUCUCAGACCUGGGCCAAAGUAUCGUGAACUGCAACUUGGAAAUUCUGUGAAAUCUGAUCAUCAAAAUGUUAUGGUUCAUCCAAGUGAUGUCAUGGGUCCUUCUAUUCCUGGUCCUAUUGUACUUGUUGUAGAUUGCCCAACAGAAUCUCACUUGGAAGCAUUAUUGUCUGCAAAAUCACUAGCUACUUAUGGUGAUCAAGUGGGAAACAUGUCAAAGAGUGUUGCAUGCGUAAUUCACUUAACUCCUGAAUUUGUUGUAAGUUGUUCAAAUUACCAAAAGUGGAUGAAGACAUUUGGUUCUGCACAGCAUAUCAUGGCUGGACAUGAAAAGAAGAAUAUAGAGGUCCCGAUUUUGGAAGCUAGUGCAAGAAUCGCAACACGACUUAAUUACUUAUGUCCUCAGUUCUUUCCAGCUCCGGGAUUUUGGUCUACCCCAAAUCAGAAUUGCUCAAAACCUGGCUUUCUUGCUUCAAAGAUUAUUGAUGAGUUGCUGUUAGAGAUUCCAGAGGUUGUGGAAGCAGCUCAGCAUGUCAGUCAGCUCUGGCAAGAUUCCAGUCAUACAACGGAGGAUUUAAUUCCCGGGUCUGAUCACAAGAUGUUGGUUGAGGAGCCAUGGUUGUGUGAAGAUGGUAUGGCUCCUACUUGCUUGGAAAAUAUAAGAAGAGAUGACUUGGAGAUAGUGCUUCUUGGAACUGGUUCAUCCCAGCCAUCCAAGUAUCGGAAUGUGACCUCAAUAUAUAUAAAUCUUUUCUCGAAAGUUGGUUUGCUCUUGGAUUGUGGCGAAGGAUCCCUAGGACAGCUCAAAAGAAGAUAUGGUGUAAGUGGUGCUGAUGAUGUUGUGAGGUCUUUAAGCUGCAUUUGGAUUUCUCGUAUUCACGCCGAUCACCACACUGGGUUGGCUAGGAUUCUUGCUCUCCGCCGUGAUUUGCUGAGAGGAGUUCCUCACAAACCGGUGCUUGUUGUAGGACCAAGGAAACUCGAGAGAUAUUUAGAUGCAUACCAAAGACUAGAAGAUCUAGAUAUGAUGUUUCUUGACUGCAAGCAUACCACAGAAGCGUCAUUGGAUGAUUUUGAGAAUGACUUGCAAAAAACAGUUAAUUCUCAGGAUCUGAGCAAUAACAGUGCGAAAAUAAAUGCAUCCAAAGAUGAUUCAACUUUAUUUGCUAAAGGGUCUCGUAUGCAAAGCUACUUGAAAAUACCAGGUAGUCCUGUUGACAAAGAUGCAGUUUACCCCCUCCUAAGGAAAUUGAAGCAUGUAAUCCGAGAAGCCGGUCUCAAUGCCUUGAUUAGUUUUCCUGUUGUACAUUGCCCACAGUCAUAUGGUGUUGUUCUACAAGCAGAAGAGAGGACUAAUAGUAUUGGAAAAGUGAUACCUGGUUGGAAGAUUGUAUACUCUGGUGACACUAGGCCCUGUCCAGAGCUGAUAGAAGCAUCUCGAAAUGCAACUGUUCUUAUACACGAGGCAACUUUUGAGGAGGGUAUGGUAGAGGAUGGCACUUGAGCGACAGAGGUCCUUACCAAAUCCUUAUCCACGCUGGCCAGGGAUUGAUGCAGCAUCCCUUCCGCCAAAAUCAGUUCCAGAUGCAUCACCACAUUCAAAACUUAUGUCUUCGUUGAGUGACAAUUCUCGACAGUUUCAUUCCCAAAAUUCCGAGUUGAUCUCAGUUAUCCAAGGAUUAUCCGACCGGGCACCCACAGGCUUAAAUAAUAGUGUUACCGGCUGGUCGAAUUAUCCUCUGCAAGCUGGAUUGAGUCCCCUUCAGAAUAAUAUUAACUUGCAUCAUGAUCAAAAUACCAUUUGGAAUUCAACAACAGACAUUUCAAGCACCGAACCAUUUGUCUUUAAAUAACUUAAGAGCUCAACCUGCGGAUAACCCAGCUAGUUCUUUGACAGCAGAGAAGCUACUUUCUUCUGGUUUAGCUCAUGAUCCACAAAUAAUGAAUAUGUUGCAACAGUAAUACUUGCAGCAGAUGCCUUUAUUAGAUAAACUCAUAUUUUUGAAGCAGAAGUAGGAGGAGCAACAGCUGUUCUUAAGGCAACAACAUCAACGACUGCUUUCCAAAAUGUUGCGGGACCAAUAGUCUAGCCAGCUCUUUAGUAAUCCAUCUUAUUGACAGUUGCAGAGUUCACUACCAAUGGGACAUUUGCAGGGUGAUCUUUCUCAUCUUCAAACCCCACAAGAUGCUUUUCCUAUGAGCUCUCAGAUUGCCAAUUCCUAGUGUGCAUAAUGAACUUAGUACUGAUUCUAUGAAUCUGCAUCUUAACGUCAGCCAAGAUGCAAGUUAUACAGGUGAGUAGCAUGUAACUCAAACCACAAUAGCAACAAAGCCAACGGAGUGAGCAUGGCAUGGAAAUGAACCAGGACAAAAGGUUGGAGGCCUUUCAUACUUAAAGAAAACCUCCAGGCACCAAUCUUGAUACUUUAUGACAGUUCAUCUCUUCAGAGGUUUCUUAAGAUCAACCUUGACUUUGAUUCAAAAGAACUUUCCCAUCGUAUCCGUCUCCUUUGGGUCGAUUUCUUCAUACUGACGAAUUAUGCCUCCCAGUUGUUGAGCCAUUGCUUCCAAUCUGAGCUUCAAAGGUAAAUCAUAAACCCUAAUCUAAGACACUCCAUAAUUCAUUUCAAAUCCAGAUGGUUGUUCUUCACCCAAAAACCCCUUGAAGAUUAGAAAGCUUCUUUCAAAAUUCCAGGGACCUCAAUUUAUCACCGUAUCUGCAUCCCGUUUGGAUGAGAAAUGGAAGAAAAAAUGGUUCUUUCCUAGAUCUUGCGCUUUAACUUUAUUCUUGAGUUGCCAUGCUUAAAUCAUUUAUCACCGUAUCUGCAUCCCAUUUGGACGAGAAAUGGAACAAAAAAUGGUUCUUUCCUAGAUCUUGCGCUUCAACUUUAUUCUUGAGUCGCCAUGCUUGAGUCAUUGUUGAUUUGAAAGCCCUAUUGUUGAAAGGGUUAUUGGUCCACAACUUCCCAACGAAGGUUCUGUAAAAGAUAUCAUCACCUAAUUUCGCCUCCCCAUUCACCGAUAUUCAUUCUUCUUCUUUCUCUGAGAGAGGAAUAUUUUUCCACCACUCCAUGAAUUGUAACACCACAGAAAGAAAGCCAAAAGACCAACGAAAAAAUAAUAGAAAAAUACAACCGCACCAUCGAAGAGCUACAAGUAGACACAAAGGGAAAGAAACCUAGAGGGCACCACCAAAAGAGAGGUAAACGGGGCUUGGCAUGGAA